GCCGCCGCCGCCGCCAGUGCGGAGACCCCGGCCUGGCGGGGCUGCGCUGGGCGUGCGUGCGGGCAGGCGGGGGCGCUGACGAGGAGCAGGAAGCGGUGGCCACGCGGGCGUGGGCGGCUGGUCGAGGUGGAGGCGCUGGGAGGCGGCGGCCGGUCGCGUGGGGCGGCCCUCCUCGCUCAGAAUUAUGGAUCCAAGCUUGUUGAGAGAACGAGAGCUGUUCAAAAAACGAGCUCUCACCACUCCGGUAGUAGAAAAACGUUCAGUAUCUUCUGAGUCGUCGUCAUCAUCAUCAAAGAAGAAGAAAGCAAAGCUAGAACAUGGAGGAUCAUCAGGCUCUAAACAAAAUUCUGAUCAUAGCAAUGGAUCAUUUAAUUUGAAAGCUCUGUCAGGAAGCUCUGGAUAUAAGUUUGGUGUUCUUGCUAAGAUUGUGAAUUACAUGAAGACACGACAUCAGCGAGGAGAUACACAUCCUCUCACUUUAGAAGAAAUUUUGGAUGAAACACAACAUUUAGAUAUAGGACUCAAGCAGAAACAAUGGCUAAUGACUGAGGCAUUAGUCAAUAAUCCCAAAAUUGAAGUGAUAGAUGGGAAAUAUGCCUUCAAGCCCAAAUACAACUUGAAAGAUAAGAAAGCCCUACUUAGGCUGUUAGAUAAGCAUGACCAGCGAGGCUUAGGAGGAAUUCUUUUAGAAGACAUAGAGGAAGGACUCCCCAAUUCCCAGAAAGCUGUCAAGGCUUUGGGGGACCAGAUACUAUUUGUAAAUCGUCCUGAUAAGAAGAAAAUUCUUUUCUUCAAUGAUAAGAGCUGUCAGUUUUCUGUGGAUGAAGAGUUUCAGAAACUUUGGAGGAGUGUCACCGUGGAUUCAAUGGAUGAGGAGAAAAUUGAGGAAUAUCUGAAGCGACAGGGUAUUUCUUCCAUGCAGGAAUCUGGACCAAAGAAAGUGGCCCCUAUCCAGAGAAGGAAAAAGCCCGCUUCACAGAAAAAGCGGCGGUUUAAGACCCACAAUGAACAUCUGGCUGGAGUGCUGAAGGACUACUCGGACAUUGCUCCUGGCAAAUAGCCAGCAGUUUUAUUCGUGAGCAAAGAGUUAAAUACAAUGUCAAGGUCUUUCUUGUUGAUGCGGGGCUUUAAAGACUGUCUUCCCAUUCUCCUUCUUAGGACUGAGGAGAGGAGCAGUUCAGUUUACAGAACAAGAGCAAAUCACCAAACUCCAAGCUUUCUUUAAUCGAGUGGGUGGAUGAGAUGUGUGAUAUUCCGUGUUCACCUUCUGUUUCUAGCAGGGAAAGGCGCUUAGCAUGGCAUGCAAGUGUCUUUGCUGCUUAUCUCCAUUUCUCAGUGGUUCCUCGUUCCAUUUUUCUUCCUUUCUUCCUUUAGAACAAGUUUGCAGAUAGUCUGGAAUGCAAUUUUGUUUAUUCCAAAAAGGACAUAUUUAUAAUAAAAUCAUUGUAGAAGGAACUCAAAGAUGUUAGUGGAUUCAGUUUGUAUUCCCUCUGCUCUUGGCAGUGGCGGACGGCAGCUUCGGUCUUUUACUCCCACAGGAUGCAUGUUUGGGACAUUGUUGGAUGCUGUCGUCUGUGCUGUGGUGCUGAGCAUAUGGAUUUCACAGUUGGAACACAUGGUGUCCCCUUUGUUAGAAAUGUGACAAUAAAGAUACACCACAUGUGA